AUGUCAAUAUUCAAGCCACGUACAGUUGCUAAGCAAUCAAGUAAUUUACCUACAACAAUUGUUCAUGAACUUACAAAGAACCAACAUUAUUGUGUAUCAAAGUUACCAGCAUUACCUUCAGUAUUCAAAUCUCAAGCUGAUUCAUUCACCAAUGCUUAUUCUGAUUCAGAAUCAAAUUAUUCUUUAGUGAUUAAUGAAGAAUCAAUUUUUGUUUGGUGUUACAAGUCGACUGAUGCAACUCCAUUAUCCAUCGAAUUCCCAAUUGAUAAAUCUAUAUUUCAAUUACCUAUGGCUAUUUUGACAAAACCAUCAAGUGGUACUGGUCAAGAUCCAGGUUUAGUUAUAUUAGAUUCUAUAUCAGGAUUAAUAAAGUUUUAUGAAAGUGUACAACAUGCCCCCACAUUAGGAUUGAUUAAUGACAAAUCUUUAGAGAUAAAUAUUCUUUUGAAAAAAGAUGAAUACAUAACUUUAGCAGAAAACGUUGAACCAGCAGGAAUAAUGAUUGCCACUUCAUUACAAAGAUGUAUUUUAAUUUCCCUUAGGGAUUUCAAAAGUAAACCACAAUUAGGAUAUAUGGAACUAUUAAAUAAUGAAGGGUUUUUACAAAGAUUUUUCAAAUCAGAAACCAAUGAAAUUGUCGCGAUCAGAUCAGGGAAAAUUACUAAUCAUGGAACAAUUCAAGAAAUAAUUGUAUUGGAUUCAUCUGGUAAUUUUUAUUUGUAUAAUUAUAAUUUGUUUUCAGCAACUGCUUCUCCUUAUGUCGAUAAGAAAAAAUCAUUUAGACAAUCUAUCCGAGUUGAAUUUGAUGCAUACCCAGGAUCAAAUCAAUUUGUUACAUUUCUAGAUAUUUGGCCAGUUGAUGAUAUUUAUGUGGCUCUUUGUCAAAUAGAAAAAAGCUUAUAUUUGGUAACUUUAAGAAUCGAUAAAUCAGGUGCCUUACCAUUCGGGUCUCACAAGUUGAAAACAGCCAAUUUCCCAACUUCCAAACCUAAACUUUAUUUACCUAAACCUGGAAAGACAGCAUUUGUCAUCAUUGAUAAUUCAGUAAUACUCACCGAUUUGAAUACUUCAUAUAUUGAAUCGAAAAAUACUUUGACAUAUUAUAAACCAAGGUGGGAAGAUGUUGUUAGAUUCAAAUCUUCAGUUGAAUUUGUUGGUAGUGGAUUUGAAAAUCAAUCGACUAAUUCUAAUCCAGCAAUAAUUUUGAUAAGUAAGAAUUUUGGUGUUGUUAGAAUUGAAAAAUUCCCUGAAUCUCAAACUGAUAAAGUCAUUGAACCUUUAGCUAUUGUUAAAUCUCAUAUCGAACAAGCAAUUUUUUAUUCUGAUAUUAAUGAAAUAGAUUUUGAUUUGUCACAAAGAUUUGAAAAAGAUGUUAUUCAGAACGCUAUAGAAUCAAUUGUUGAAGAAAUCUUAAAUUCAACUUCAUCAUAUUUCCCCAAAACAUUACCAUCAAUAUCCGAUUUAACAAAUUUAAAAGUUAAAUUAUACAGAAAACUUAUUGAAUAUGUAAAGAGAAAUUUUGAUAUUCCAAUAAUCCCCCAAAUUGUCGAGAAUCUAGAAAAAUCCGAUGUUGCUCAUCAAAUGUGGACCAUAAUUGACACAAAUCAAGAAAUGAAAACAGUGUUGGAGACUCAAAUUGGUGAUAUAAGAGAGUUUUUCACUCAUAAUGUUGUUGAUAUAAAUCAAGUACUUACAAAAUUUAUUGAGAAUUUAAUGGAGAAAAGUUUACCAACGGUUCCAUUGGUGGUAAAUACAUUAUACAAUGGAAUAUAUUUAAAUGAAGUUGAAUAUGUGAACCAAAUUUCAAAAUCAUGGGUAUUCACAACUAAUUUGAUUAUCAGAACCGAAGAAAUUUUCACUCGUAAUUUUGUUGAAUCUGAAGGUGACCCUAAAGUAGCUUAUCAUUUGGUACAAGUCUUGUAUUAUUUUGUGAAUAGUGCAAUUGCUUAUAUGAAAUCAACCUCAGAUAAUGUUCAUCUCCAGGAUUAUCAAAUUUGGUAUAACAACCGUAAACAUUAUUGGAUUGGAGUAUUAUUAAAAGCUGGCCUUGAAAAUGAAGCCACGGAAAUUGUCGAAAAAUAUCAUGAUUUUGCUUCUUUAGCAAGAAUUUUAGAUAUAGAGCAAGAAGAAACUAAUUCAAUUGACCAAUCAAUUUAUACUAAAUAUUUUGAAGAAUUUGGUUAUAAUUUCGCCAGUUGUGUUUAUGAUUAUUAUUUAGAAACGAACAAGAUUCAGAAAUUACUAUUGUCUUUCACGAAUUAUAAACACUUUCUUUUGCAGUAUUUUAAAGAGAACCCCAAGAAAACCGCCAACGUAUCAUGGAUUAGAUAUUUAUUGGAUAGUGAGUUUACUGAAGCAUCUGAUUCUUUAAUUGUGGCAGCUGAAGAAAAUGACAGUUUAGAUAAUCAACAAAUCAAGUAUUCACUUGCCAAACUAUCAUCAGUUGCAUCGGGGAAUAGUGACAAUUUAAAAGAUAUUAAUCAUGAAUUGCUAAUCAUUAAAUAUCAAAAAAUUAUAAAACAUCUGAUUGCAGAAAAUGGUAGACUCGAAGCCAUUACAAAACCAACGUUUACAAAGAAUUAUGUCAACCAAGAAAUAACUAAACAAUAUAUUGAACCAAUUGUUGACAUUUAUUUUGAUAAAUUUGUGAAUGGGUUUGAAUUAAAUAACAGUGAAAUUAUCAACUUGUUGACUACUAUCAAACCAUUAGUUUCAAACAAAUUGGGAUUCUCGUAUGCUUUCAGAAUUGCUGAAUCAAUCUACAAUGAAAGUAUAGCUAACUACUAUUCAAGUAUGAUAUUAGUGCGUUUAUUAGUUUUGGGUAAUGAAAAGUUAUAUCAAUCGAAUGAUAAUGAUGAUGAUAAAACCAUUAAAAGAAAAGCUAAAAAGUCAGCUUUAUAUAAAACUUUAAAACAAAACCCAGGAGCUAUUCCUAAACUUGAUCAAUUAUUGACCAAUCCGGAAAUAAAUAAUGCUGAAUAUGAAGAUAGUAUCAUCAUCAAGGAAUUCAAUGAAUCAUUGUUAAAUCAAUUAACAAAACAACUUGGAAAUACCAAAUUCAAAUCUUGGGUUGAAGCAGUGAAAGAACAAGCUAGAAUUUAA